GUUGUUGGUGUUCCAGUUGGUUCUGCUUUGCAGUCGACAGUGAAACAAGCAGUGGCUAUAAGUGGUGGCCAGAUACUUGUGGCAAAAUCUAGCUCUUCAGUAGCAAAGGCCGUUGGCCCGAAGCAGGUUGUGACUCAAGGUGUAGCCAAAGCCAUCGUGAGUGGAGGAGGAGGGACAAUUGUGGCUCAGCCUGUGCAGACUAUAACAAAGGCUCAAGUUUCCUCCACAGGUGCUCAGAAAAGUACAUCUCAAGGUUCAGUGAUGGCUACACUGCAGUUACCAGCCACCAACCUGGCCAACUUGGCAAACUUACCACCAGGCACCAAACUGUACCUCACCACCAACAGCAAGAAUCCUUCUGGGAAAGGAAAACUGCUUCUGAUACCCCAAGGAGCCAUACUGCGAGCCACAAAUAAUGCUAGUCUCCAAUCUGGUUCUUCUACAAAUAGUGGAGGAGGAGGAGGAGGAGGAACCCAAAGCACAAGCAGUAAUUUGUCACAGCACCUCACCUAUACGUCCUACAUCCUGAAGCAGACACCCCAGGGCACCUUUUUGGUUGGCCAACCCUCUCCUCAGAGUUCUGGGAAGCAGCUGACUCCAGCCUCAGUUGUUCAGGGCAGUGUAGGAGUUGGAGCAUCUUCCACACAAGGACAAGCACUGAAAGUGAUAACGGGACAGAAAACAGCUCUCUUUACACAGGCUGCACCCGGGGGACAGACGUCGCUGGUGAAAAUAUCAGAUGGGUCUCUGAAGUCAGUGCCUGCCUCAUCCCAGCUCUCCAAACCUGGCACCACUGUGCUGAGGGUGUCAGGAGGUGUUAUCACCACGGCUGCUGCUCCUGCCAUGGCCCUUCCCACUAACGGGGUGGCCCAGCAAAUAGACAAUGCAGGUUCCAGUUCCUCAUCUUCUGGAACUGCUGCAGCAAAGACACCUGGACAGCAACACCAAAUCUGUGUAAGCCAGAGCCAGUCGGCCUCGUCAGUGGUGAACAAGACUGCCACUUCCACUGUUGUAAGUGUUGCUUCCCUGAUGACUACAGCAACGCCUGUGACUGGAAAAGCUGCAGUGUCAGGGUUGCUAAAAAUCCACUCAAAUCAGUCUAGUCCACAGCAGGCUGUUCUGACAGUCCCCAGCCAGCUUAAACAGCUCGGUGUAAACACAGCUUCUGGAGGUGUUCAGACAAUACUCAUGCCUAUGAACAAAGUGAUACAGUCACUUUCUACCAGCAAAGUUUCAGCUGUCUCAGCUGUCACAGCAGCAAGUACAGUUGUCCCUAGUCCCUCUACAGCAUCCAUCACUAAAGUUAAGAUGGAGCCUGAUUCAACAGGACAGAGCUGCAGUUCUGUGGGUACCCAAGAAGGCCAAGCAGCAGUUAAAACAGAAGAGAGCUCCGAACUUGGCAAUUAUGUUAUCAACAUAGAGUAUUUGGAGAACGUCCAGCAGCUUUUAACAGCGAUAGUGAAGAAGGUUCCACUAAUUGCUGAAAAAAGUGAAGAUGUGAGCUCUUUCUGUGCCAGUUCAGUGGAACAAUAUUACAGCUGGAAUAUUGGGAAGAGGAGGGCAGCUGAGUGGCAACGAGCAAUGACAGUGAGGAAGAUCCUACAGGAAAUCCUAGAGAAGCACCCCAGGUUUCACAGUAUCACCCCCCUGAAGACCAGGCAGGUGGUGCAGUGGUGUCGCUGCCACGGCUACACCCCCCCCGACCCCGAGGCCCUGCGGGACGACGAGGACUCCAUCGAAGAUGUGCUGACCCAGAUAGACAGCGAGCCAGAAUGCCCUUCCUCUUACAGCAGUGGGGAGGAGCUGUGCAGAAAACUGGAGGAGCUACAGCAGUUUCUGAAGCGAGAAGCAGAACAGGAGGAGGAAGUAGACAUUCUCAACUUCACUGAACCUUUGAAAAUAAACAUUAAGAAGGAGCAGGAGGAGAAACAAGAGGAGAUGAAAUUCUACUUGGCUUCCUUGCCUGCGUCAGAGUUUGUGAGGGACACUGCAGAGAAGAUAGGGAUUUCUUUCCAGCCUGCUGAGGUACAGAAGAAUGUUUAUGCAUCAGUCAUAGAAGAUAUGAUUCUAAAGGCCACGGAGCAGCUGAUGAGUGACAUCCUGCGGCAGGCGCUGGCCGUGGCCUACCAGGCAGCUCCUCACAACAGGACUCCAAGAGAGAUCACAGUGAUGAAUAUUCACAAAGCCAUCUGUAAUAUUCCCUUUCUUGACUUCCUCACAAACAAACAUAUGAAGAUACUAAAUGAGGAGCAGUGAAUUAGAGCAGAGAAGAUGCUACAGGGAAGGUGGAUUUCUGCCUGGAGUUGGGUUGUCAAAUCCAGUAUUUCAGUAGGACGCUAUUAUACACAUUUAUAACAUUGGGCUACUAGAUUGUUACCUCCAAUUAAAGAUGCACCUUAAUGCAACAAAAUGAUGCUCUGUUCCAAAUCAAGUUGUUAAAUGUCAGUGUUUACUUGGUAAGUGUCUGUUCAGUGGCUGAACAAACAUUGUCAGUUUGCAUCAAGUUGCUCGCUGUGAGAGACUCCACAGGCCUGGUCCCUCUCAGGCAGCUGUACUGAUGAGCUU